AGGCGUAUCAGUUUCGGAGUUGACAGACUAAACAGUGACCUUCUUAUCUUGUCCUCGGCUCAGAGAUAGCACAAGAAAUGGCCCGAACUUUGUUUACAGACAGGUGACGAACCAUGUUUUGUGUUUAUAACAUAUCGUGCCAUUCAUCUCGUUGGAUUUCUAUAAAUUAUUCGACCUUGCUGAAAUGGUAUCGGGAUUAUCAUGUAUGAGCACACUUUUACCUUACCAAUUGGAAUAUAAACCAUUUAGAUGAUGUCUUCGUCCAAUGUUAUGAUUGAUGCUGGAAAGAAAUCUUCGUCACAACGCACACGUCUUCAUAAAGAUAUGUUUAUUUUCCCAUGCCGAUUGCGGUUAAUAUUGCGUAUUUUUGUCAUUAUCCAAAUAGCAUUUGCUAUAAUGUGUUUGUAUAAGACGACGACAUUUUCAUUUUAUGAAAAUGACAAAUCGAUUAUUAACACGAGUGGACACAACGAAAAAGUCCGAAACGUCAGACAGUUUACACCAACAGGGAUAGGAACAACCGGAACACCUCUUCCUCUGGACAGAACAACCGGAACACCUCUUCCCCUGUGUCCAGAAGUUCCUCCGGGCCUAAUUGGAAAGGUGAAAAUAGACUUCGCCAAUUAUGAAAUGGUUCAAGUUGAGAAAACCUAUCCAUCUCUUCAAAAUGGUGGCCGAUACAAACCGACAAAAUGCACCUCUCGACACCGAGUCGCCAUCAUCAUUCCGUACCGGAACCGGAAGGGACAUCUAAUUCAGCUCAUGAACAAUCUACAUAAAAUUCUCCAGCGUCAGCAGUUGGACUACGGAAUAUACGUUGUGGAGGUGGCUGCCUUGUCGGAGUUCAAUAGGGCGCUGUCCCUCAAUAUCGGCUUCACCGAGGCGAGUAGGGAGUAUGAUUACCAAUGUUUCAUCUUUCACGACGUCGACUUGAUUCCUGAGAAUGACCAAAAUAUGUACUCGUGCCCCAAGGGACCACGUCAUAUGUCUGUGGCGGUGGACAAAUUAAAAUACAAGCUUCCCUAUAGCACGAUAUUCGGAGGAGUUGUCGCCAUGACAAAAGAAGAUUUUCAAAAUGUAAAUGGAUUUUCAAACAAGUUCUUUGGCUGGGGAGGUGAGGACGAUGACAUGUUUAAGAGACUCAAUAACACACACCUGAAUAUCACUCGAUACAAAUCGAAAAUAGCGCGGUACCGGAUGUUGUCGCACAAGAAAGACUCUUCUGUAAAUAAUGAGAGGUUUUACCUGCUCCGUCACACCAAUGAUACCUGGCGGACGGAUGGACUGAAUUCACUGACAUACAGACACUUCAAGACAGAAAGACAUAGACUAUUUACAUAUAUACUCGCGGAUAUCGACCCCUCUCACCCAGCUUACUACACAGAUCGGUUAAAAAUUGUCCAAGAAUCACUACAGAAGAUGCGAGAAGACUUCAACAAAACCAGAGCAAUGGAGAGCAAGGGAGAUAACUCGACUCGUCUUAAUUCAACUUCCAGUGAACAUCUGACGAAGGAUAAGAAACACAAUAAAAAACAAAGAAUAUAACCACAACUAUGGCUCCACAAAACCCCAAAGUUGGAGGAGCUUUGCAUCCAAUACAACAAUUAAUAUCGAAUUUAAAGACGUUUUUAAGUGUUCAAAAUGAAGGCGACAUUAACGUGAUUCCGGAUAAAGAGCUGGCGUCAUUUGUGCGAGACUUCGUGAACAGUAUGGAAAAUGCUGGCUUUUCAAUAAGUGCCGACUUGAAAUUUAGAAAGAAUGAAAUCAAGAAAAAUAACAAAAAGCUAAAAUUAGGUAAGAAUAAAAGUUAUAUCAAUAAAGAUGAAAAAUGGUGAAGAU